AUGAAAAAUUCAUAAAGAGUUCAUUAAUUAAAAGAAGAUGAGAUAAAAGAAUUGAAGUAGUAUAUCUUAUAAAUGGAAUAAGAACCAUAAAUUUAUGAGACACUCAACCCAGAUUAAAUAUUUGGAAUAGUUGUCAUUAUAUUAACAAAAUCUUCAUAUCAUAGAACAUAAUAUGAGAUUGAGAUUUUGAAAAAAGCCACAAAACAUAUAGUUUAUUUUUAGAAAUUGCUUGAUAAAGACUAAGGAGUACUUUUAUGGGAGAGAUGUUUAAGAAAAAUGAGUUAUACAUCAUUAAAUAAGGGCGAAACUCUAUUUAGAGAGGGUGAGUUAAUAUUUAUUAUAUUUAAGGUGAUGUUGGAACUACAUUCUAUAUAAUAUUGUAAGGUAGAGUAUCAAUUCAUAAAAGAUUGUUUGUUGGAGACUGUUAUCAAGAAAAGGAGUUAAUACAAAUGAGUGAUGGAUAAGCUUUUGGAGAACUUGCUUUAGAAAAUAAUGAACCUAGAUCUGCUUCUAUUACUGCUGUUGCACCAACUCAUUUAGCAGUUUUGGAUGCUGAAGAUUAUAUGGUUAUCAAAAAAACUGUGGUAAUUUAUUAAAAUAUUGUAAAAGAUUAAUUAAUAAAGGUAAAUGUAUUUUGAAGAGUUUGCAAAACUAUCCAUUUUUAAAGACUGGAAAUUUAUGAGUGUCAAAUCUUUAUUUGAUGUUAUGAAAUUAAAUAAAUUUGGAUUAAAUCAUACUGUUUAUAAAGAAGGAGAUCCAUCAAAUGAUGUUUAUUUCAUUCAAACUGGAGAAUUUAAAGUAUUAUCUACUUCCAAAAUCUUUAGGUUAUCAAAUGUUUAAGAACAAAUAAAGAACAAAAUAAUAAUUAAACAGAAAAUGAUGAUGAUGUUGAAUUUUUAAAAUAAUAAUUUGCAUAUAAUAGACCAUCAUUAACAAAUUAAGAGAAAAUUGAUAAAUUAUAUCAAAAAAAAAAAUAUGGUAAUCUUAUUGCAAGUGAUAAAAAAUUAAUAAUGACAUUAAAAUUUCUAGGAGCUGGAGAAAUGUUUGGUGAACUUGAGAUUUUAAAAGCUUCUGAUUUAUGUAGAUAAUUUAGUAUUGUUUCUACUUUUGAAAGUAAUAAUGUUUAUUCAGUUUCUAAAAGAGAUUUCAUGAGAGUUUUAUAUUGUGAUUCUGCUUUAAAUAAAAGUCUAACAGCCUUAAAUGAUAAAAAAUUAAAAUAAAUCUUAUAACAAAUAAGGGUUUAUGAAAAAAAUUUUAUUGAUUAAACUGAAAAAAUUAAUAUACUUGAAAGAACCUAAAACAAAUCAUUCUUAAAUCCAGAAAAUUUAAUACAAAAUCAAGAAAAAUAAUAAAAAUUGUUAUUCAAAAGCACAAGUCAAAUUUUAAAAAUUAGUAGCAGAAAUAAAUUAGAUGAUAAUAAAUUAAGAGAAUAGACUCUAACAUUAGAUAAUCCUGCUGAAUCAGAAUAAGCUUACUUAAAUAAACUAUUGAAAUCAGCUUAAAGUGUUUAACAUUCUAGAUAAAAAACAGAAGAAUUAAUUAUAUAAUAAUCAUUAAAAUAAAAAAAUAAAACAAAAAAAUAAACAAAUAAACAUAAAUCUCCUCCUGGAAUUUUAGGAACUGCUUUAGAAAACAUUAGUUAUCAUAUAAGAAGAUAUCCUACAUAAACUUCUUCUAAUUAAAGAUUUUAGACAAGCACAUCCUGUAAAUUUGAUAUGGAUAAUACAUAAAAAUCAAAAUUCUAUUUUACAACCUGUUUACCUCUAGUUUUGCAAAAUAACUACUAUAGACUUAAAACUAAACAAUCUUAAUGA